AUGCCUACGCUCCUCUUCACGGUCGGCCCUCAGGGAGUGGGCUACAUCCAUGAUUUCCUCUCAUGCCUCGCAAAAUUUGACGAAGACAUUUCUCUAGAAGCCACUCCUCAAUUUCUUCGUAUCUCGAGUCUAAACAUUUCAAAAACGGCCCAUGCAGCUUUCACGCUAAGCUCGUCCUUUUUCACAAAGUAUCACUUCUCGGCCGGACCCAGAAGACAACAGUCUGGCGGGCAGUCCGCGCCGAAAUUCUGGUCGUGUAAACUCCAGAACAGGGCCCUGCUGUCCAUCUUCAAGCGUCGCCUCGCGGAUCAGCGCGACAGGGACACGGCCCUCGACAACUGCGAGUGCGAAUUGCAGGACAAUCUCGACGAGGCGGAAUGCCGGUUGAUCUUCCGGUUGAACUGCCGCCAGGGCGUGGUCAAGACCUAUCGAUUGUUUUACGAGUCUGGAGAGAUCCUACACGCCGCCUUCGACGACGGCAGUUCCCCCAAUCGGUGGACCGUGUCCUCGCGAACUUUGCGGGACGUGGUCGAGUAUUUCGGCCCCAAGACGGACCAACUCGACUGGUUCUAUCAGAAUGGCAAGGUCACUUUUACGAGUUACACCGAGAAAAUCCAGAGUGGUAGAGAAAUCCUCAAACAACCAAUGCACACGUCGGUCGCCCUCGAGCGUAAAGAUUUCACCAGUUUCGACGUCCAGGAAGGUCUUCACAUCGGCACCAUGGUCAAAGAUUUCCGAGCCAUCGUAUCACACGCAGAAUCGAUGAGAGCCCAAGUCACGGCGAAAUACUCGCGAGGUAACCGACCCUUGCAGAUAACGUACGAGGACAACGGCCUCACGGCCGAAUUUACACUCAUGACUCGAGGUAACACAACGGCCAUCCCCAGUGCUGCUGCUGCUGCUAGUGCAAGCACGCCGGCUCGAGAUCUUUCUUUGCGACCAGUGUCUCGGCCGCCGGGCAGCAGUUCAGCCACCACCACCGAAGCAGGACGAGCGAGCUUCCAGCCUGCUGGGGAGGCUUCUUCGAUGCCUCCUCCACCAGCAAACACUUCCAUGCGGGAGCGCGACACUCUAUCGCGUCCGAAUCCACCACGACCGGCACUCUCGAAAAUCGACGGGUCAGGAGGAGGAGGAGGAGGAGGAGGAGAUUCGGCACAAUUGCCAGCCGCCAGCCUCAAUCCUGAAAGUCUUUUUAUUCCGGUUGACGACGACGACGACCAACAAUGGGACGAACCAAACUUCGACACUGAACCCGACAUAGUGACUUGGGACAACACUGCCGAUGAUGACGUUUCGGCGGCGGCGGCGUCGAGCUCCCGUCGGAUCCGCGAUUCGGAAUUACAUUCAUUCGCAGCGUCGAUGCAAGAACAGAACAACCGUCGGCAGCCGACGACAACGACCAGGUCGAGAUUUCCUCACGAAAUCGAACCUACACAACGACUCUCUCAAGUUCGUGGGAUCUUUGACUGAUUUCGAACUGAUAUUGUACAUUGUCUUGUCGAUGUCGCGUCUUGUCAUUUCCCCAUGUUCUGGUUGUUGACUUUCUUCUCACAACAAAUCACAAAAGUGGUGGCACACCCGGCGGCGACAGCCUCGACGCGAUACUUGUCGCUGGCGAGAAGAGGCGAGGAGAUCACGUUCCACCGUCCGGCGACGUCACCUUUGCCGUCCACCUCUUCGCCACAGUUCCCGUGUUCGCCCCAACCCCAGGCGAUGAUUUCUUGGGUCGUCGUGAUGGCGACACAAUGCUCGCUGCCGGCGGCCAAGGCUUUGACUGGUGGUAAGUUGGUCGGGGCAAGUUGACCCCGACGGUUUUUCCCGACACUCACGACCGUCGACGAAGACGACGACGAAAUAUGGAUCGAACUCCAACCGGAAACCACCGUAUCUUGUCGGGUUAGUUUGUGAGACAGUGCCUGCCCAUGGACGUCGAAAUUUUUUGUCUCGCCCCAGACCAGCAACCUUUUGCCGCGGGACAG